ACAAACUAUAUAGAACGUUUAAAUGGAGGCACUUGCUAGCGUCUUCUCUCUCGCUUUUGUUUCUGCGUCUGAAUUCAAAUUCGACGACUUGGGUUCUCCGGCAGGACUUCAAUUGUAAAUGACAACUGAGCUCCAGAUAUACCUACUUGGCACCAAAUUCUAGGGCGAUUUGUAGAGAGUGGCGGGCCGGGGAGGUCGAAGCUAUGAUUACGAGAGCAAAUCUGGCUGAACAGUUGAGGGAGUACCAGAUUCGAUCCAAGCACGACUGGGCUUCCGUCUCUCUCUUCUCCGCCUCCUCUUCUACUUCCAAUUUCGCUUCUUCUAGGGUGGACGUUGUGAUCUUUGUGAUAUGGGAACUCAUGAUUUUAGCUUUUGUGGUUUUCUCAGUAGUUUCCUUAUAUUUCAGUCACAUGAAACUUGCAAUCGUUUUAGUAUGCGUUGCUCUCAUAAUGUGCGUAUGCAUGAAAGUUACAAAGCAAGUAAGAUUGGCUCGGAAAAAGAAACGAAGGAUGCUUCUUCCAUUAUCGAUGUAGAGGCUCUAUUAAGUUACCGGCUUCUUCACAAGUGAGUCCAAUGUCGACCCCAGCUUUGUUCUCUGUAGAUUUUUAGAAUUUAUUGACCAUGGCUCUUGGUCCAUCUUGUUUUGCUCUCUCUCUCUUUAUUUUCCGUCCUUUUUGUUUACACCUGUAAUUGCAGCUAAAGCGAGCUGAUUAUACUGUAGUUGAUUCGGCUUCUAACAUAGCAGAUCGAAGUGUUUGUCAUUUUCUAUUUUUAAAGUUUUAUCAUUAAAGAUUGAUAGCAGAAGCUGUUUUGGCUUA